AUGGAGGUUCCGCUCUCGCGUUACCAGAGCUUAAGGUUAGACGAUAUUCAGAGUAGUUCUUGUCGAGAGUCUUAUUCCAAUCCCAAGGUUUUCAAUUUCCCGCGGUUUUCUGGAUACGGUUUCUCGCUCUGUCGAAGAAGAUGGAAGAACCCAUUUCGGAGAAUCACGUGUUCCUCUCUGGUUCAAGGGCUGAAACCAAAGCCAAAGCUGAAACCGGAACCAAUUAGACAAGUUGAUCCUGUUUUGGAAGAUACCCGGAUCAGGGAGUCUGGUCUGGUGGGGAUAUGUAGUCAGAUAGAGAAGUUAGUGUUGUGUAAUAGAUUGAGGGAUGCGUUUAACUUGUUUGAGACUUUGGAGAUUCGAGGUAGUGUUCAGGUUGGGAUGACCACUUACAAUGCAUUGGUGGAAGCUUGUAUUCGUUUGAGGUCCAUUCCUUGUGUCAAAAGGGUUUUCGGGUAUAUGGUGAGCAAUGGGUUUAAGCCAGAGCUAUACAUGAUGAACAGAAUCCUCUUGAUGCAUGCCAAAUGUGGGAUGAUUAUAGAGGCACGUAGGUUAUUCGAUCAAAUGCCUCACAGAAACUUGUUUUCUUACAACUCCAUUAUCUCUGUUUAUGUCAACUUUGGUAACUAUCUUGAGGCUUUUCACCUGUUUAAGAUGAUGUGGGAGGAGCUUUCUGAUUCUGAGACUCACACAUUCUCGGUCAUGCUGCGAGCUUCCGCUGGGUUAGGGUCUAUUUCUGUGGGGAAACAAUUGCACGUCUGUGCAUUGAAAUUAGGACUCGUCAAUGACACCUUUGUCUCCUGCGGAUUGAUCGAUAUGUAUAGCAAGUGCGGGGACAUUAAAGAUGCUCGAUGCGUUUUCGAUAAUAUGUCUGAGAAGACUACGGUUGCGUGGAAUGGCAUCAUAGCAGGUUAUGCGCUCCAUGGUUUCAGCGACGAAGCUCUGUGUUUAUUGUAUGGGAUGCGAGACUCAGGUGUGUCUAUUGAUCAUUUCACACUUUCCAUCAUGAUAGGAAUUUCUACAAAGCUUGCAAAGCUCGAGCUUAUUAAGCAAGCACACGCUUGUUUAAUUCGGAGCGGUUUUGAAUCAGAAAUCGUCGCAAACACGGGUCUUGUGGAUUUUUAUAGCAAAUGGGGUAGAGUAGACACUGCUAGAUAUAUCUUUGAUAAAUUGCCGAGAAAAAAUAUAUUCUUAUGGAACGCUUUGAUGGGUGGAUAUGCAAAUCAUGGCAGAGGAUCUGAUGCGGUUAACUUGUUUGAGAAAAUGCUUACUGCAAAAGUAGCUCCAAACCACAUCACGUUCCUUGAAGUUCUAUCAGCUUGUGCCCAUUCAGGUUUAUCUGAACUGGGAUGGGAGAUUUUUCUAUCGAUGAGUGAGGUUCAUGGGAUCAAACCAAGGGCAAUGCACUAUGCCUGCAUGAUUGAGGUGUUGGGUAGAGACGGUUUGUUAGAUGAAGCCAUUGCUUUCAUCAGAAGAGCUCCCUUGAAACCCACAGUGAAUAUGUGGGCAGCACUCUUGAAUGCCUGUAGGAUGCACGAAAACUUGGAGCUCGGAAGAGUGGUGGCUGAAAAACUCUAUGGAAUGGGACCCGAGAAGCUGGGAAACUAUGUUGUGAUGUAUAAUGUGUACAACAGUUCGGGAAAAACUGCAGAAGCUGCAGGAGUUUUGGAGACAUUGGAUAGCAAAGGUUUGAGAAUGAUGCCGGCCUGUACUUGGGUGGAGAUUGGAGAUCAGACUCACAGUUUUCUUUCAGGAGAUAAGUGUGAUUCGUACAGUGAAACGAUGAAAAGGCAAAUGUACCAAAAAGUUGAUGAAUUAAUGGAAGAAAUUUCCGAGUAUGGGUACUUGGGGGAGGAGAAAAACCUUUUAGCAGACGUGGAUGAGAAUGGAGAAGAAGGAGUAAUGAGAUAUCACAGCGAGAAGCUUGCAAUAGCUUAUGGAUUGGUGAAUAUGCCGGAGUGGAAAGCAUUGCAGAUAACUCAGAACCAUAGGAUAUGCAAAGAUUGUCACAAAGCGGUUGAGUUGAUAGCUUUGGUUACAGGAAGAGAGAUAGUGGUGAGAGAUGCGAGCAGAUUCCAUCAUUUCAAAGAAGGAAAGUGUUCUUGUGGAGGUUAUUGGUGA